CCUUGACCCAUUCAUUGUACUGAUCAAUUGCCCCGUUUGUCCUCACAGCUGUCCCCGAUACUUCUCACUCCGUAAUGACCUCGAUAUCUUCGCGAAGGCUUGCGAAGGAGCUCAUGGAGAUCAAGAAUGAGGGAUGCCCAGUUGGUAUAAAUCUUGUCCAGGCGGAUGACUUUAGUACCUGGCUUUUCACGAUCGAGGUCAUGGGGGAGUCAUUAUACCAGAACGAGAAAUUCACCUUACAAUUUCGCUUUGACCAACAAUAUCCCAUAUCAAGUCCGGCGGUCCAGUUUGUUGUCACAGAAGGAAGACAAGCCCCCGUUCAUCCGCACGUUUAUUCAAAUGGGCAUAUUUGCGCAUCCAUCCUUGGAAAUGAGUGGUCCCCUGUACUAAGCGUCAUAGCAGUGUGUGUCACGCUGCAGAGUAUGCUGGCUUCGUGCAAGGAGAAACACCGACCGGUCGACAAUGACAGAUACGUUAAACAUGCACCGGAGAACCCCAAGAAGGGUUUAAUGGAGACCCGCAACACAUGCACUGGCGAACUUUAA